AGUCCAGCUCCCCAUGUCGCAUCGAGACGAAGCCUUUCGUUUAGAUUAUUCUCCCCAAAGUUUCUUCCGGCCUCUCCUCCACCCCCACCUCCGCCUCGCCCUGCUGCUUCCCUUCUUCCGCCUCCGCCUCCACUCCACCUCCGCCUCCGCGCCCUUCCGACCUCCCAGUCCUCCUCAUCUCGCGAUUGGCGAAUUAUAGGGUUUCGCGGCGGCCACCCGGAUCCAGCUCGGCUUGGUGAGCGCCUCCAAAGCUUCGGAUCGCGAGAGGGCGCUGUGCUCACUCGCUGUUCCGCCGCCGCCGCGACGACGACGACGAGCUUCUGUGCGCCUGUGCCUGGGUUCGGAGCCCCCGUCGCCCCUCCGCUGGCCACCGGAUACCAGCUCAUGAUGUGGAAAUCUCAGCUCUAAAUCCGCUUAGGUUGUGAUACCGUGACAGUGUGGGACUGACAUAAUUGUCACUGUGCAAGAUGUUUUGGCACGUGCCAGGAUUCUCCGCUGCAUCACCUGUGGAUACUAUUUUGGACAAGGAAAAUUUUAAGUUGGAGGAUCUUCUUGAUGAGGAUGAAAUAAUUCAGGAGUGCAAAGCACUGAAUACCCGCUUAAUCAAUUUUUUGCGGGAUAAGGUUCAAGUGGAGCAAUUGCUCCGCUACAUUGUAGAGGAGGCUCCUGAAGAUGCAGAAAAGAAACGGAUAUUUAGUACCACUGUGCAGAUUUCCAUUUAUAGCUUGUGAAAUAUUUACAUGUGACGUGGAUGUCAUCAUGAAGACAUUAGUGGAGGAUGAAGAUCUUAUGAAUUUGCUUUUCUCCUUCCUAAAACCUGACCACCCUCAUGGGACAUUGUUGGCUGGUUACUUUGCUAAGGUAGUAAUUUGUUUGGCGAUGAGGAAGACACUUCAACUAGUUCAUUAUGUGCAGGGCCAUCCUGAAAUAGUUAGCCAGCUUGUUGAUCUUAUUGGGAUUACUUCUAUCAUGGAGGUUUUGAUUCGCUUAAUCGGUGCAGAUGAAACUAUGUAUUCAAGCCAUGCAGAUUCUAUGCAAUGGUUAGAUGACAUACAAGUCCUUGAGAUGAUUGUUGACAAGUUCAGCACAUCAGAUUCUGCUGAGGUUCACGCAAAUGCUGCUGAAAUCCUUUGUGCAGUAACCAGAUACGCCCCUCCAGCACUUGCUGCAAAGAUUUCCAGUCCAAGCUUCGUAGGGAGGUUAUUUCAACAUGCUUUUGAAGAUUCAAGGCCUAAAUCGGUGCUGGUCCACUCAUUAUCAGUGUGCAUAUCUUUGUUAGAUCCUAAGAGACUUGUAUCGGCUUCCUACCAAGCUUUCCGUAGCCAGUUGAGCCAUGGAACACUUGUCACUGCAAGUCCAGAGACAGUAAAUGGCAUGCUGGAUAGCCUAGGGGAUUUGUUGAAGCUGCUGGAUGUUUCAUCUGCCGAAAAUGUUCUGCCAACAACAUAUGGAAGCUUACAACCUCCACUCGGGAAACAUCGCUUAAAGAUUGUUGAGUUCAUCUCUGUUCUACUAUCAAUUGGUAGUGAAGUUGCCGAAACGCGACUGAUUCAACUAGGAGCAAUCCAGCACGCUAUAGAUCUAUUUUUUGAGUACCCGUUUAACAACUUCUUGCACCACCAUGUCGAGAAUAUCAUUGGGUCAUGUCUGGAGAGUAAGCAGGAUCACCUGAUUGGCCAUGUCCUUGAUGAGUGUAAACUUGUUACAAGAAUUCUGGAAGCGGAGAAGAACUCUGCUCUGUCGUCAGAUUUAACUAAGCAUACAUUGUCUACAGAGGGAAGAUGUCCACCAAGGAUAGGAAUUGUUGGUCAUAUGACACGAAUAGCUAACAAGCUCCUUCAGCUGGCCAAUACCAACAUCAUGGUCCAAUCAUAUUUGCAGCAAAAUUCUGAUUGGAUUGAGUGGCACACCAGUACCCUAACGAAGCGUAAUGCAUUAGAAAAUGUUUACCAGUGGGCAUGUGGUCGACCAACAUCACUACAGGAUCGUGGUAGGGAUAGUGAUGAUGAAGACUUCCGAGAUAGGGACUACGAUGUGGCUGCACUUGCUAGUAAUUUAAGCCAGGCAUUUAAAUAUGGUAUCUACAGUAACGAUGACAUUGACGAGGCUCAAGCAUCACUUGAGCGGGAUGAUGAGGAUGUAUAUUUUGAUGAUGAAUCUGCAGAGGUAGUAAUCUCCUCCCUUCGCCUUGGAGACGACCAAGAAAGUGGCUCGCUCUUUACAAAUUCCAACUGGUUUGCAUUUGACGAGGACAAGGCACUGAAUGAUGGUUUGGUUAGCCCAGAAGCUUCCCCAUCUCCAAAUUCAGAAAUAUCCGCACUAAAAGAGGAUGAUGAAGUCAUUCUUGGCGAAGUAAUAGAUGACACAGAAGGUUCUGAACCAACUCUACCAGUCUCCAACAAAGACGCAAACGAAGAGUCUGGUCACACCGUCUUGGCAAAUGGUACCAUUGACAAACAGGAAGAUGAUAUCAGGCCACUGACUCCGGAUGUAAAAGAGAGUCAACCCGAGUUUGUGGAAUGGAAGGAGGAAGAAGCUGAACCUGGUGAUGUUGCUGAGAAGGAUACUGCAGUUCCUGGUAUUGAGGUUGAAAGUGAGAAGCAGCUGAAUUCCAUGGACGAUGUUAUGCUUUGUGAUGCCGAGUUAGGAGAGGAAAAGAAGAGUGGUGGUAUGCUUGGAUCUUCAGCACCUGAGGCAGAAGCAGCAUCGCCUGUUUCAUCUGACAUCGAUUCAAUCAAGCACCCGGAACAAGCUGCUGACAGUGCUGUAUCAGAGUAUCCAAUGGGCGAACAAAAUCCUGAGAUAUGAAAUGAAUUUGAGGGCAGCAGAGUUCCGCUCACGUGAUGGCGGAUGAUGAUGGACGUGCAGGAAGCACUUGGAACUGGUUGGACCAUUACUGUACAAGCAGUUUGAGGAUCAUGUGUGGGUUUUCUGUUCUACUCUCUUGGAGGAAGGUGGUCCCGGAACAUGCAUCUGAUGGAGCCUCAAAGGUUCCACUUAGUCUCAUGGAGAUGCUUAGGUUCGAUGUGUAACAUAUUCAUGGAGACGCAAAAUUCAGAAAGUUGACUUCCCUGCCCUUUUCCUUAAUCAGUGGGGUUCUGGUUGUGUCACUCUGGUAAAUAGCCGAUAAUUGAAUAGGUGAUAUCUGGUCUGGCUACAUGUCCAUUACUGUAGUUGGUGCUAUUUGUACGAAAGUUUUGGCUCAAAUGCAGUCAGUUGAUUCUUGUCAUAUUUAGAACUUGUUUGAAAUUUGUGUAAACGAAAAAAAUAUAGCUUCUAUUUUUCCCAGGUGCUUGGUGCUUAAUUCAUCUGUUAUAAAUAUAGAUUUUAUUUUCCCCU